AUGGCUAUCCCCCACCGUAUCGUGAUCGUGGGCUCUGGUGUCUUUGGCCUGUCCACCGCGUAUUACAUGAGCCUCGAUCAAAAGUUAUCCAACAGUCAAAUCAUCCUUCUUGAUGCCUGGAACUUUGAACCCGACUCCCGGUCCACUUCAGUCCAAAACCCAGGCGCUGCAAACUCCGACACUUCUCGCAUCGUUCGCCGUGCUUACCCCAAAGGUCCCUACGCCGCGCUCGCCUACGAAUCUGUGGAGCGUUGGCGCACUGACUGGGGUGCAGAUGGGAGAUACGUCGAGCAGAGGCUGCUGUUUUCGGGAGAAGGUGGGCCUCUUGAAGCACCAAAGAAGAAGGGCGAGACUGUGAAUUAUGUCAAAGAUGCCUACGCUACAGGGUGUGAGAUGACACUGGGGGGUGCCGGGGCAUUGGAGAUUUGGAAUUCACUGGAUGAAAUUCGCUCCGAGUUACAAGCAUCCAAGCAUGAGAAUGCAAGCAGCGACAAAACAGAGGAAUCAAGCUUGAGAGGGUUUGUUUCCAAAGACUGCGGCUACGCCAACUCAGGAGCAACCAUAGAAUGGCUACGACAAAAGAUCAUCCGCAUGGGUCGGGUUGACCUCCGUGUCGGCCAAGUUGAGAAGCUUGUGUACUCAAGCGGCGGAGCUCGCAUCGACGGUGUGGUACUCGUCGACGGCACAGAGAUACACGCCGACUUAACCGUCAUUGCCGCCGGCUGCCACUCCUCGCGCCUCCUCCAACUCCCCAGCAUGUGCACCGUCGAGAGCGCCUUUGUCGCCUACAUCCAACUAACCGAGUCCGAGGCCCAGGAACUGAGGAAAAGACAGUGGCCCUUGAUCGUCAACACGCACCGCGGAGUCUUUUGCGUGGGGCCGGAUCAGGAUAACUGCCUCAAGCUUGGCCAGUGCUCCACCGGCAGCAGGGUUGAAAUCCUUAAAAGCGCCCAUCUCAUGGACAGGGAUGAGGCCGCUAGGCUUCGAUCGGAAGCAGAUUCUAGCGUUCAGCCCGACUGGGCAAACCCCGGCACCGGCUGGGGAGGCAAAGUCACGCUUACGAAAACAGGGGAGGUGGUGGACGACGACCCUGAAAGCGCGGCCGUCAACAAGGCACUUGCAGCGUUCCGUGGGUUUCUCCUGGAACUACUCGGCCCGCAAGAUGACUUUGCGAGUCUCGACGUGUCAGGACGACAUGAUCCCCUGCUGAACAGUAUCGCAGUGCGGCCAUUCGCCCGCGUACGUCGAUGCUGGUACAAUGACACCCCGUCAUAUGACUUUAUUGUGGACUAUCACCCAUCAUUCGGUAUAAGCUUAUUUGUUGCUUCUGGAGGCUGUGAUCAUGCAUUUAAGUUCAUGCCUGUUCUGGGGGAAAAGGUAGUGUCUAUUAUUCUCCGCCGCUUGGGCGAUGUGCCGAAGGCAUCUUCACGUGAAGAGGCAUCCUUGUUGGAGGAGCUGUGCCGUCUUUGGAAGUUUCCAGACCACCUGGUUAGUGAACAGGAGCGUAGAGGAGCAAAGCUGUAG